AUGGGUGUGUGCACGUUCUAUAGCGUGCAGACGAUUGUCGAGGUUGACAAGCUCACAGUGCAUUUCCCCGAAGUUCUUGCGAAGAUCGGUGGCGAGGUUGCUACACAGUAUCUAUUACCAGAGCUAGCUGGCAAGAGCUUGACCCCAAAACUUAGUGUUAUUGUUGCGGAUGCCUUUGUUACUAGAUUUGGAAGCUAUGCUGGUUGGGCACAAAAUGUUCUCUUCAUUGGCCAGCUACCAGCUCAAAAACUUGUGGUGGCUCAAGUUACCAGUGACAAUGGUACCACAAAACCUACCAAAAGGAAGCGUGGGGUGCAACCGAAACCAUGUUGA